AUGGGCAACUGGAGCCUUCUGGAGAGACUAUUGGAUGCCGCACAGGAGCACUCCACGGUCAUUGGCAAGGUCUGGCUGACAGUCCUGUUCAUCUUCAGAAUCCUGUUGCUGGGGGCUGGUGUGGAGGAGGUGUGGGAAAACGAGCAGUCAGACUUCACCUGCAACACGCAGCAGCCGGGCUGCGAGAACGUCUGCUAUGACAAGGCCUUCCCCAUCUCCCACACCCGCUUCUGGGUGCUCCAGAUAAUCUUCGUGUCCACGCCCACCCUCAUCUACCUGGGGCACGUGCUGUAUAUCGUGCCCAGGGAACAGAAGAAGAAAGAGAGGGAAGAGCAGCUGAAGGGAGACAGUGACCAUGGCCAGGACAGGCCCCCAGUACGGGAUGACCGGGGCAAGGUCCGCAUUUCCGGGGCCUUGCUCGGGACCUACAUCUUCAGCAUCGUCUUUAAAACACUGUUUGAGGUGGGCUUCAUCGUUGGUCAGUACUACCUGUAUGGCUUUCAGCUGAAGCCUCUCUACCGAUGUGACCGGUCGCCCUGCCCCAACACCGUGGACUGCUUCAUCUCCAGGCCCACGGAGAAGACCAUCUUCAUCAUCUUCAUGCUGGCCGUGGCCGGCCUGUCCCUCCUUCUCAACGUGCUGGAGCUCUACCACCUCGGCUGGAAGAAGCUUAAACAGGGCAUAACCUAUCCUGUUAGCCCAGACACCCCUAAAUCCAGGACGGGGACCACAAAAUCUGAUGUUGUGAGCCCACCCCUCCAGUCAGUAGGCUCCAGCUACCGGUACCAUCAUCCAGUCAGCUCUGUACACUCUGUGAAAAAAGGUCACACAUGACUACAUUCACAGAGCCCAAGUCCCUUUUUUAAAUUCUAAAUCGUUUCUGAU